AUGCUUAUUGUACUAGUUAGUACAAUUAUCUUAUGCACUUUAAUAACCGAAGAGAUAUCUUAAACAUUACAGAAAUCUUCUGAAAUAAUAUUUGAUCUCAACUCUUUAAGAUAAGCAUCUAUAAUUAAACAAAGCUUAGAAAUAUUUUGGGUUACUUUCUUUGUCUAAUGUAAUAAUCAUUUAUAUUAUGUAGUAUCUUAGCCACUAAUAUCAUUGCAUCAGUUGUAUAAUUUUUAGCAACUUUAAACUAAUAUUAAAGUUAAUUCAUAAGAGAUAAUAAAUUAAAAUUGCUAUCAUAAGACAUUAAUUGAAGUAAUUUAUACAAUUAUUCUAGAUUCAGACAGCCUGUUAUUGUAAUCUAAAUAACUCAAGUAUCAAUUCAAACUAAGAUGAUCUAAUAAAUACUCUUUAGCAUUUAAUUCAAUUUAAUACAUUCUUACCUACACAUUAAUUUGGUGUUUAAUAAUUUAUGGGGUUUUUUGAUUCUCAAACAUAAUACCUCUUUAAUUAUCCUUGUUUAGACUUCAUAAACUACACUAUAUAUGAACCUAAAACCAGGCCUUGGUACAUUGAGGCUUAAAAGGCAUAUAAUGGAAGCAAUUUUUAAUAAUACUCUAUUCGAUUGACUGAGCAUUAUUUAAGUAUGAAAUUAAUUAUGAUACAUUAGCAAUCCCUUUUAAUGACAUUAGAUUCUCUAUAGCUUUACCAUUAAUCAAUCUCAGUAAGAUUAUGAUUGGAGCUUUGAGAGUUCAUAUCUAAUCGAAAAUUCUAUAAGAUUUUAUUAAUAAUGAGUAGAUGGAAACUAACCUAAUUUUAACUACAAAUAACGGAAUGUUAUUGGUCAGCAAUCUAUUUAAUAAUUCUGAAUUUGAAUUAGGUAAUGACUAUUUUUAUAAUGAAACUAAAACUGGUUUUAAUUUAGAGGAUUGGUAAGCAUUAACCUAUACAAAUGUGAGUAAUUGUAAUCAUUUUGAUAUUGGAUUUAUUUGUAGAUAAAAUAAAAUAGACAAUUAGAGUUAUUAUAUGAUGCAUACUUCCUUAGAAUAAUAUAAUUUAUAAAUCAUUUUGUAAAUUUCUCAUAAAUAUAUAGAUAUUAAAAUAAAUUUUCAUAUGAUUAUUAUAUUUCAAAUCAUUCAAUUUAGAUGAAAGCUUAAAUAUAAAAUGAAUUGAUAAAAGGAACUGCUCUUUUGAUUGCCAUAGCUAUUGUAAUUACAUUGAUAUCUUCGAUUUUCUUAAGGAUAAUAAUAAAACCAUUACAAUAAAUCGCAAAUAUAUUCCAGGUAAACAAAUAUUCUUCGGCUUAAUCAAUUACUGAAAGACUGUUAAAGUGUAAAAUUUCAAAGAAUUAUGCUGGGAUUUUUAAGAAACCUAGUUGUCUUAUAUCCAAAGAUAUUUUCUUAUUUUGUUAAUGCGUUCAUAAAUUUAUAUCAAAUUUUUCAACAACUAGAAAAAAUUCAAAUAUGAUUUACAAACAUUUAGAUUAAAUUAAAUAUCCUUUAAAAUCAGAUUAAAUUCCAUAUCUUUUAGAAUAUCAAAUUCAAUUUAAAGACAAUUAAGAAUAUGAAUUAAAUUAAAAAUAUAUACAAAAUCUAAUAAGAACAUGUAUGGUUAAUUCGAAUAUCAAUGAAUAUUGA